AUGUGUAGGAAGCAAAUUGUUGAUGCUAUAGAAGGUAUUAAGAGAAUUGCUAUGCAGAAGUUUGUCACUAGUCUGCAGGAACGUGAAACGAAAUGCAUUAGAGAUCGAAUUGAUAAGCUAUUUGACCAUUCUGUUUGUGGUGGUAAAUAUAAACGAAGUAUACUGUUGGUAGAGGCUUAUAAAGCACUCGGUGGACGACAAGAUGAAGAAAGAAUGAAAAUGGUAACAAAUAUAGCAGCGUGCUUGGAACUUUUACAAAGCUUUUUCCUUAUCGAGGAUGAUGUAAUGGAUGAAGGUGUGAAUAGAAGAGGCAAACCAUGUUGGCAUCGACUGGAAGGAAUAGGAAUAAAUGGAAUCAAUGAUGGAUUGUUAUUGGAUUGUAUGGUGUCGUAUAUUUUACGUAGUAAUCGAGUUUCGGCUGAUGUUAGGGAUGCCUUUGAUGAAGCUCGGCGUGUUACAAUACUCGGGCAAAUACUUGAUGGUGAUACGAAGAGUGUUGAAGAUUGCACUUGGCAAAGACAUCGGUCAAUAACACAGCAUAAGACGUCGCAUUAUACUUAUUUCACACCACUACAGAUUGCAGCUCUUUUAACUGCACAACCAUUAAUCAUUGAACCUGUGAAACGAAUUGCCUAUCUACUUGGUUAUCUCUUCCAAUCCAAGGAUGAUUACAUGGAUUGUUUUGGCGACAAAUCGAUAACAGGUAAAGUAGGAAAUGACUUGAGGGAAGCAAAGUGCACAUGGGUUACCUGUAAAGCAAUGGAAAAGUUAACACAUCAGCCAAGCUUUUUAACAGAUUUCCAGGAGCACUUUGGUAAACGAAGCAUUACAUCGGAGCAAAAACUGAAAGAUAUUCUGACACAUUUGCGAGUAGCAGAUGAUUUUCACUUAUUUCGUGAAAGAUAUGCUGGCGAAAUACUCAACAGUAUUGAUCAUUUCCCAAUGAUAGAUCUCAGACCAGUCUUACGACAAUCAGUCAAUGAUUUAGUGGAUGCGAACCUCUAA